AUGGCUGGAAAAAACGACGCUGCGAUUGUUGCUGCCUUGGAGGCUGUUACUCAGGCUAUGCAGAAUCAUCCUAAUGCUAGAGUGAUGGACGAGUCGCGUAGUUUGACGCAGAAGGUACAUUAUGAUACUCAUAUGCUGGCUAGAGAAGCAGAUGACUGGGAGUUCUUGAGAAAGUAUUUUCCCAAAGAUGUCCGGAGAAAGAAAGAGAUGGAGUUCCUUGCACUGAAACAAAAGAAUUCAAAUGUUACUGAGUAUACUGGUAAGUUCCUGGAGCUUAUGAAUUUCUAUCCACACUAUAGCGCAGAGACGGUUGAGUUUUUGAAGUGUAUCAAGUUUGAGAGUGGGCUGCGUCUGGAGAUCAAAUGGAGUGUGAAUGAGAAGAGAGGAAAACCGCAUCAUGAUUGUAGGAAGCCUUAUGAUUCUCCAACUGAGAAGGGGAAACAGAAGGUUUCCGACUGGAAGAAGACAAGUGGGGGAGGGGCUCUCGCUCCUGUCACAUGUUAUAGGUAUGGUGAACAAGGUCACCAUUUCAAUGAAUGUGAGAAUAAAGUGCUGAGAUGUUACAAAUAUGGUAAGACUAUUCAUCAUGCUCCUGACUGCAAGGAUGAUGAUCCGACUUGUUUUAAUUAUGGCGAACAGGGUCAUAUCGGCACCUAG